AUGGUGCCUUGUUACAAAGACAGCCAGGCAAAGGCAGAACUUGGGGAAAAUUACGCAAUAGAAGUCGAGGAAAUCGCAGACAAGCCAGACAAGGGAGAAAUUGCCAGCUUCAAUAAGGUCAAGCUGAAGAAAACAGAGACGCAGGAGAACACGCUGUCGACUAAAGAGAUCAUUGAACAGGAGACGCAGAGUGACAUCUCCUAA